GCCCUUUAAGCCCCCCACUUCCCUGAUGACGCAUCCAAACGCGCUUGUCCAGUUUCCGCCGACCAGAAUCUGUUUGUUGAAUGUACCGUUCUGUGCAGGUUCGGGAUGGUACUCAUCAAGGAAUACCAAGUGGUGUUGCCAUGUUCAGUAGAAGAGUACCAGGUUGGCCAACUGUACUCCGUUGCCGAGGCCAGUAAGAACAACACGGGAGGGGGAGAGGGGAUCGAAGUCCUCCGGAAUGAACCGUACGAGAAAGAAGGGGAGAAGGGCCAAUACACCCACAAAAUCUACCACAUACACAGCAAGGUGCCCAGCUUCAUUCAGAUGUUUGCCCCAGAGGGAGCCUUGGUCUUUCAUGAGAAAGCCUGGAAUGCCUAUCCCUACUGCCGCACCAUUGUUACAAAUGAGUACAUGAAAGAUGACUUUUUCAUUAAGAUUGAGACUUGGCAUAAACCUGACAUGGGAACAACUGAUAAUCCUCAUGGGCUCCCCCCUGAGGAGUGGGAGGAGACUGAGGUAGUGCCCAUUGAUAUUGCAGAUCGUUCUCAGGUGGAUGAUGUGGACUAUAAGCCAGAGGAGGAUCCCGCCAUUUUUCACUCUGAGAAAACCGGGAGGGGACCACUAGGACCAGGAUGGAAGAAGGAGCUUCAUAACAGUAACUGUCCUUACAUGACUGCAUAUAAGCUGGUGACUGUGCAUUUCCGUUGGUGGGGUCUGCAGGGCCGUGUGGAGAACUUCAUUCACAAGCAGGAGAAGAGGCUCUUCACUAAUUUCCACCGUCAGCUGUUCUGCUGGCUGGACCGCUGGGUGGACCUCACUAUGGAUGACAUCCGCAGGAUGGAGGAGGAGACGCAGCGGGAACUGGACCAGAUGCGUAACGAAGGAUCAGUGCGAGGGAUGAAAGCAGGAGAAGACUAGAGCGGAAAUUAGUGAAGGACGGAACGAAAAAACCGGGGCUACUUUUUAUUUUACCUCCUUCAGUCCUCACAUGGCCAAUCACAGUGUGCCACUUCACCAAGCCCUUCCGAACAGGAAACUGUCAUCUCUUACCCAGGAAGUGUCCAUUAUCAUCUGCGAGAGAGUGCGUGUGUGUGUGCGUGCGUGCGUGCGUGUGUGUACACGUGUAUAAAAUGUGCGUUUGUAUUUGUGGCGGUGCAGUUUGACUCUGAACCUCAUCAUUUGCUGCCAAAUUCUUUGGGAUUUUACUUAAAAUGUGUUAAGUAAUGUCAGCGUUUCUUUUUAUAAUUAAGUAUUAUAACUGUUUUAUCGUUUUUGGUUCAUUUUGCAACCAUCAGCUUUUUACUCAGUGUGCCAGUGGGGUCCUAAGGGCCAACUAAGUUUUACAAAAACGGUUUUGGGGACGCAUUUCACUAAACAUGUACUUCAACCAUGAAUAAACGACUAAGUGAUUUACUCAUCGCGAUUAAAAUUGAUUAUGUUUAAAAAAAUUCUCAGUGGAGGAACUUAAACUACAAGAGAAGGGCGUGUGUAAUAAAAAAAAUACGCAAGUAACUGAAAAAAAAUGUAUUAAGAUUGCUUGUUUUCCUCAUAUGAAACUCAAAGCACGAUGGACGGAGCUUCUGUUUGGCUUUAUUUUUUGGAUUUCUCUCUGCACUGAAGGCUUCAUGCAGGGUAAGCGUCCACGUUUCUGGGUGAGGAGCUGUGUGGAUGAGACUGUUUUUAACUCGAGCGCAAGACCCUUGAAGCCUCUCCCACUUUUGACUGAUGCGGCAGGCCACGCCUCACCACUGGAGUGAAGCGGGUCAGAACUUUUGGAACCAAGUCUGAUUUACAAUAAUGUAACAAAAAAAUAAAAACAAACAUCAUUGACUGUCA